UUUAUGAAAGUUCAUUAUGAUUGUACAAAAAAAUACAUUUAUUUGUUCAAUAAAAUUAAAUUUGCAACACCUUACGUACUCGAUAAACUGAUAAAAACGCGCGUGAGUGUUUUAUGAAAUAUUUAUCAGAAUAUUUUCUGAAAUGAAUCCUCUGUAACAGACAUGAGGAGGUUUUUAUUACAGUGUCAGGUGAGCCUGCAGGUCUGUAGCCGGAGGGAGAUUCCGCUUCCCAGACAUCACCUUUUCUCGCGAUAUCUCAAAGCCUGACUCCGUUGGUUAGAGUCAGUCCCACACCUGAAGUAUGUGCCGUCAUGGCAGUACCCCCGCGUUUGGGACACUAUCAGGGCACGUCCCGCCCGCCGCCUCCAGCCCCCUCCCAUUGAUCCGCCCAGACCAGCAGCGGCGCCCCCGGCCACGUCUCAAAACUCCGCUACGGACAUAAGCGCGCGCGCCGCAUCCGAGGAGCAUGAAGAGGACCCCGCGGACGGAUCUCUGGACUGUAAGAGAACGCGAGUUGGAUUGAGAAGAGGCAGGCCUGCACCCACAGCUAUGAUGUCCCGCUGCAAAAUCAGCUACCCCUCCUUGAUAGUCCUAGUGCUCCUGCAGGGCAUGACCCUGCUGAUGUUCUACGGCUGGUAUGUUCAGGUGAAACCCCAGAGCCCUCCGCCCACCCAAAGCAAAGUCCACGUGCUGCUGCUGUCGUCUUGGCGAUCGGGCUCGUCGUUCAUGGGUCAGGUGUUCAGCCAGCACCCGUCUGUCUUCUACCUCAUGGAGCCAGCUUGGCACGUGUGGAGCUCCGCCCCCAGAGUGGGGAUGCGCUUCCUUCGGAUGGCUGUGCGAGACCUCAUCCACAGGGUGUUCCAGUGCGACUUCUCCGUGAUGGACUCCUACAUGCCAGAGCAGCGCAACAUGUCGAAGAUCUUCAUGUGGAGUCACAGUCGGGCGCUGUGUUCGCCGCCGGCCUGUUCCCUCACGCCCCGCGGCCAGUUCAGCAACCAAUCGCAGUGCUACAAAAGCUGUGAUUCCGACGGCCUCCAGAAGGUGGAGGACGCCUGCAACACCUAUAGUCACGUGGUGUUAAAGGAGGUCCGCUUCUUUGAACUGGAGUCUCUCUACCCUCUCCUGAAAGACCCCACCCUGGAUUUCCGUAUCGUCCACCUGGUGCGGGACCCGCGCGCCGUGGUGAGGUCUAAAGAACAGUCGGCUGGUUCCUUCGUGAGAGAUAACGCCAUGGUCCUGGAGCAGAAAAACAUCCCAGCGAGCGAGGUGCAGUACCAGGCCAUCCAGGAGAUCUGCCGCAGCCACGUGCGCAUCAACGAGCGCGCCAUGCUCAAGCCCCCUCCGUUUCUAAAAGGACGCUACAAGAUGGUUCGCUUCGAAGACAUUGCUUUCAACCCCCUCAAGGAAAUCAAUGACAUUUACGAUUUCGUAGGUUUACAGAUGACCCCCGAGCUUCAAGACUGGAUCGUCACUGUGACGCAGGGAAAGGGCAAGGGCAGCACAAAGGACGCCUUCGACAUCACAUCGCGAAACGCCAAAGCCGUGACGCAGGCUUGGCGCAAAGCGCUGCCGUUCAGCAAGGUGAAGAAAGUCCAGGACGCAUGUAAAGGAGCCAUGUCCCUGCUGGGCUACAGGACCGUGGACAAUGAAAGGGAGCAGAAGAACAUGGACGUGGACCUGCUGGUGCCAAAGGUGCCUUUCAAGUUCAACUGGGAAGUGCACACAAAGAAGGUCGCCGAGAGUUAAAGCUCGGCGCCAACCUGUGAUCCGGUUCUGUGGGAGUCCACAGAACUUCACAGGCUCCUUUGUUUCAAGUAGAGACCGCUCUCGGGUGAACAAUGGAGACUUGGGACGCUGCUUGAAGGAAAUGUUAAGGCUAGCUGCAAAAACCCAUCAGCAGAUUUAUGCGAGAAAGUCGUUUUUUAUGAAGUGAUCCUAGUUCAGGAUGAAGUUUUACCGCCGCUGACGGAGCCUCACAGCACUUUGGAAGAGUUUUCCACCGUUUGCUUUUGCACAUGUAACGGGUCCAGCUGGAGACGAAAGAGAAGUUUACGUCUGUGUGUGUGUCUGCGUGUGGGUGUGAGAGUCUUCACUUUUCCCUCCAGGUUGAGUCCUGUUCAGCAGCGGUUUAACCCCUCUGACCCACGACGUUAUGUUUGAUCGCUCACGAGGCCUCCCCCAGGAGAGGACGCAUCCAUCUACACUUGCAGUUUCAGUGAGAGCAGGACUUUCAGACCAGUUUGUGAUCAGGAAACUAUUUACAAAACAUCGUAAGCCUUUUCUGCAGCGGCUGCUUCAUAGUUUCCUGCUGAGCUGUAGGUUUUUUAUCCCCAUCAUUACUCAGAACAGCACACUACAACAAAGGAAGAACACCCAAACCUUUUGCCCACUUCUUUGUCUUUAAGAGUUUUUGAAAUUGUCAAAGUUCAGAAAUGACGCGCUACACUCUCUAAACUGGCAUGUUUCAGCUUUCCAGGCUCAACAACGAACCACAUCAGCUUAGAUUUAAAAAAAAAAAAAACAACCUUCCAUGCAUCUAUGAGGGAAUGUUAGGGCCACCAUAAAAGAAAACGAUAAAUUAAUCUAAUAAAUAUUAGAUUAAAAUAUUGGACAAAAGUCAACAAAAUUGUAAUUUGAUGAAAAUAAAACUGUACAUUUACAAACAAAAGUCAAACAGAUUUAGUGAGAUCGUUGAGCAAUCCAUCACAUUUCGCUGAAUGAACAUCAAUCAAACAGGUCUGUUUCAUUUGUUUUUAUUUUGAUCAUUUUCUCAAACCAUAAAUUUACAACUUUCUCCUGAUAAUUGUUUGACUGUACUAUAUUAGUUUAUUUUUCUUCUUUUAUAUGUUUGUAGUUCUCAUUAGCUGAGGUAGUAAAUAAAAAAACCUGAUCAGCAGGUUCCCACAAUAGAAGUGAUGAGUUUAACCUCCUCACGUCAGAUGAGUUUCCCAACUCUGGACGAGGCCCAACUGUCACGUUUGCGGCAUUCACGGCAUUCUGCUGCACAACGCUUCCUCCUCACAUCCAUGACCCAGACGACCAAUCUCAGCUCGUUUGGUAGAAAGUGUGUCUGCUCCAAGAGCCGGCAGACAGACGUUUCUUAUCGAUUUUCUUAUCUGACUCGAUAUGUAGCAAAGACCAUAAUAAGCUUUUGUUUUUUUUAGGAGAUAUGAUGUCUGCUGUGGAGAAUGAUGGGAGGGAGGACGUUUUGUAUUUCCAGGGAAUGUCCUACUUCCUCGUUCUCACGAAAGUAACAUUAACUUUUUUAACCUCUUGGUUUGGUCCACACCCCCCCUUUUGAUCAAAUCCCUGAACUUGAAGACAACAAACAGCUCUGACUGCGCGUUUAAUUCAGAUGAGCUAAAAAAAACACAUUAUUAAUGUGUUGGUGGAGCUCCUCAGAGCAAAGUUUGGAUCAUUUAACUUCCUCUUUUUAGACAGAUCCUGUCAAACAGCUGACAAUGUUCUCGCUCCAGAACGCCAUGAAGACUUCUUCCAAACCCUGAAAAUCUGCUUUGUUAACAUGUUUUUUCUUAAUUUAAUUAAAUUAUUAGAUGUUUUAAAUCUGUUUAACAGGUGGGAUUGAAUUUAUUCACUCGAAAAAAUCAGCAGGAAUGAAUAAAUUAUAGAUGUAAAUAACCUGUUAGUUUAUAUUUACAUUUUUGUUGACAUAUUGAUAAAUAGUUGAAGGUACUGAUUAAUGUAACGCAAAUUUGUUGGGUUUUUUUGUCAAAGGAGUUUAGUUUCUUAGGUGCUCUGUUUUUAAGCAGUAUCUACCUUUUUUUUUUAAAUCAAAGUGAACUAUUUAAUUUUUUGUUAUGCUAGACAGGAAGGUUAUCCUCCAUAAAUGUAGGAAAUACAUUUUAUUUGUAAAUGUGGAGAAACCCACAGAAGAGGGCAGUUGGUGCAUCUGAGGUUUCUGGUGUGAAUCUGAUUGAGUGUGUGGUUUAAAAACACAAAAUCCAGAUCUGAAACUUCCAUUUGUCUUCUCUUGUUUUUAUUGGCUGCCAUGUGUUCGUCCUGAGUUGACGGCGGUCAGAUGUUUUCUUUUGGUUUGAGAUGUCGACAGAAGUAUUAGCGCUGCAGCCAUGAACUCAUGGUACAAGUAUUUUCUUCCGUGGAAUGAUUCCCACCAGAUUUGGUGGUUUAUGAUCAUCACAAAAUGAGACUUGGCACAUUUUAUCUGUGGGAAUAAAGUAUGGGAAAUGAAUGAGAAAGAAGAGAUGAAGGAAAUGAAAGCAUCAAAGGACUUUCUCCUCCAGAUCUUUAGCCUCUGGUCACUGAAGGCGGGUCAUGCCGAGCAUGCACAAAGGUGACGUGAGGGACGCUGGUGCACAGCACCAAUGAAGGAAACAGGAAGUUAUCGGUGGCACAGAUGUUAUUUAACUUAAAGCAGCAAACGUACAGAUGCGGUUCAUCUGCAUCCAUCGGUGUAUUUUAGUGUUGCUACUUUAGAUAAUUGGUCAAAUUCAAGUUUGCACGCAACAGCAAAAUGUUUGUUUUUAUUAAAUGAAAAUAAAAAAGCUUUUCAAAUGCCAUAAAAACUUGAUGUGUGAAUCCACUGUUUUUACACGUGAACCCUCAUCAAGGUGACGUUUGGAUUUUUUUAAAUUCUGGGUCAAAACGUGGUGGACGAGGGUUUGUUAUCUAGAUCAGCUGGUUCUGUGUUUUGGACUGUUUUAACUUAAUUAAGAUGAAAGGUUCAUGGAUUCAUUUUCCUUUUCUUUUUUUUAAUUUCCUGUUAAAGAUCACAAAGGAAAUGGAGCUGUGAAAAUGAUUUUUUUCUGAAUGUGUUAGUUUUAUUUUGUUUUGAGAUUAUUUGGUACGAAAAGAAACUUCUUGGCCGAAUGUAUAUUACAUUCAAUAUUUGUUACGGAUAAUAUGGACAUGCUUGUUUUUUCAUUUUUAAAAUAUAUUUUAAUAAAAAAAAAUUAACCUGA